AUGGCAUCCGCGGCUCCUGGGCACAAAGGAGACAGGGAGGCCAGGGAGAGAAGAAGGAAGAAAGGAGGGGUUGUGCGGCGACCUAGCAAGGAGCUCGCCGGAGCUGGGCGAAGGCGGACUGGCGCGGGAGACGGAGGGGUCCGGCGCGGCGGCGCGAAGUCCUUAAAUUUGUUGAACCUAAAGAUGAAGAGGAACUCGUGGAAGAGGAAAAGAAAUGACAUGGUAGAAAUUCAUUCACACAUAUCAGGGUCAUAG